AUGUUUUCUCGAAUUUUUGGUACCCGCCUCGUAGAUGUAGUUAGUGAGGAAAUAAACCCGCCCCCACCGCAACAAACAGACGAAAUCUACCCAGUCCACUUCAUCGAUCAAGCCAGCAUUGUACGAUCGUCUCUCAUUAGCUACACCUUUCGAUACAACCAUGUUCUGGAUGCACGGAAACUGCGUGAUUCUUUGGUCAUCCUGUUGACCACUGGAGACUGGAAAAAAUUAGCGGGUAGACUCCGUCAGAAUCAAGAAGGCAAAUUGGAAAUCCAUGUUCCAUUGCAAUUCACCCGCCAGCGGCCCCCUAUCCGCUUUUCGCACGUGAAGCAUGGCAUGGCCAUGGAUGCUCACCCGCUUGCGAGCCGCCUCCCUAAGAAGACUGGUAACAAACCGUCAGUCCAUGAGGGUUGUCACGCAUUCCGCGAGUUCAGCAUCCCGUCAAUACUUCCGAAUAACAUCAAGCACUAUCUCUCUACUGAUGAGCCGCUUAUCUGUCUGCACGUCACCUCUUUCACCGAUGGCACGAUAGUUAGUUUCACUUUCCCGCACUCGCUGUCAGACGCUAUGGGCACGUCAGACUUGCUACGGGCUUGGACCCGUGUCCUUUAUGAUGGAAAUGCAGAAUCGCUCGAUAUGGAUUUCGAAGGGGCCAGGGACGAUAUUUCUGCACAGGUGGGCGAUGCCGACGACAAGAUAGCAAAACGUACCCGAUUCGUUCUAGAUGACCAGCAGACAACGGGGAUGUCACUGAUUGCUUUUCUGGGCCGAUAUGGCUUGGAUAGCCUAAUUAAUCGAAACAUUGAGACGCAUCAUAUUUAUCUACCUGCCAACUUUAUGGCGCACCUUCGCCGAAAAGCCGCGAGAGAGUUGAGGACUGUCGGUAAAGAGAAUACGGCCCAGCCAGCACCCUUCGUGAGCGAUGGCGACUUGAUAACGGCCUGGGGUUCGCGGAUGGUCCUGUCAUCUUCGUCGUCGAAAGGGACGGCAGUUAUUUGCAACGUCUUCGACAUGCGAAAGCGCCUCGGUCUUCUCGGAUCUUCGCACUCACGCGCCAAGGCAUACCUGCAGAACUUAAUUCUCCCCAGCACCACUCUGCUUACUACGGAGGAGGCGGGGAGUCUGGGCGUUUCUCAGAUAGCGUUGAAGAUCCGCGACUCCAUCGUGGAGCAGACGAGCGAAGACCAGGUACGCAGCCUCAUGCGCAUCGCACGCACGUGGUUUUCGAGUCUCGGCUCGAUGCCCCUGUUCGCAAGCUGGGAUACCACGAGGAUCAUCGCCUGCACAAAUUGGAGCAAAGCCCGGUUUCUCGAUCGCGCAGAUUUUGGACCUGCGGCGAUUACGACGCAAGAGAAAAGUUCGGUUAGUAGAGCCAAGCCUGUGGGAUUCUGGGGUACCACGCUAGCGGUAGAUGAUAACCCAAGGGAUACGUUUGUUAUCUAUGGAAAGGAUCAAGAUGGUGACUACUGGGUACACGCGUACCUCAGAAGGGAGACUUGGCAGUUAAUCAAGACUGAGCUGGAUCAAUUUGCUGCGAAUUGA